CAAAUUGAAUAAACCAUUGGCGACUCUCUUUGCCUGAGCCAGAGAAGAAGGUAAACCAAACCAAGAAACCAUGUCCGCAUCACUUUGGCCUUCAACUCUUCUGCAAAACCCCCAAACCCCUUUAACCUUCUCUCUCCUCCACACCUCUCCUCUUUCUCUCUCCUCCACCUCCACCAACCUCCGCUUCCCCCCUCCCACACGAACAUUUCCUCUAAAAUUCGCCAAUUCCCCCACCCACCACGCCGUUCCGCCACCGUAUCCAGAAGAGGACGACGAACCGCCCGCCAUCGGCGACUGCCUGGUAUUCGAAGAAGGCAUUUUCGAUGACCCAUUUCUCCAAAACACGCCGAAUUUCAAAAACAACGUCGCCCCACCGCCCAGUAAAUCGAACAACAACAAGAAAAUCACUACAGAUGUCUCGCCGGAAAACUUAAUUCCGGAGAAAUGGAUGGUUGUUCAGAGGGAGAUUAACAUCUCGAAGAAGGAGAGGCGGAAGCUAUCACAGGCGCUGGAAUACGGCCAGAGGGUGGAGAAGCGAAGGCAAGCACUUAAGCCUCUCUAUUCGGAGGACUACGAAAAGCUCAAGCGUGAGAAGCUUCAGCAAUUGAACCCGGUGGUCCUCGAUAAACCCGAACCUAAACCGGAUAAACCCGAACCUGAAACAGAAUCGGAAUCUUUGGAGGCGAAUGAUAAGUACGAGAAGAAGGCGGAUAGAGUUGCCCCGAGGAACCCAAGGCUGGCGGUUUACGGCGGAGGUUUGGAAGAUAUCUCCGCGCUUUUCAGCAGUGGGAGCUAUGACGGUGGCAAUGCUGCGAAAUCCGAAGGCGGCUCUGGUAAAUUUUUCUCAAAGGAAGAGAAGAUGUUGAUGAAUAAGCGGGUCCCUGAUUUAGCAGUCGCCACCUCGGGAAAAUGGCAUCCUCUGCAUACUCUGGCUGCGUCGGGAGAAUUCUACCUUGUGAAUUCUUUGUUAAAGCACAACAACCUUGACAUUAACACCCCUGACAAGAAUGGAUUGACUGCAAUUCACAAAGCAAUACUGGGCAAAAAGCAGGCUAUUUUUAACUUUCUUUUGAGGGAAUCUGCGAAUCCCUUCGUUCGUGAUAACGAGGGAGCUACAUUAAUGCACUAUGCUGUAUUCGCAGCUUCAAGUCAGAUGAUAAAGAUUCUAUUAUUAUACAAUGUCGAUAUCAAUCUUCAAGACAAUGUUGGGUGGACCCCACUACACCUGGCUGUGCAAUCACGUAGGACAGAUGUAGUGAGGCUUUUGUUGAUCAAGGGUGCCGAUAAAACACUCAAGAAUCGGGAUGGAUUAACUGCACUAGAUGUAUGCCUGCAUUCGGGUAGAGAUACAAGAACUUAUGAACUUAUCAAACUACUAAAAUUCAAGCCGCUGCCUAAGCCCUCGAAAUAAUCCUACGUACAGGUAACUCUUAUUAAAGGGAGUUCAACAUCUCAUCGUAUUUACACAAUGGUCGGAUUUAUAUGUAUAGUAUAUAGUAUUCUGUUGCGUAUAAUAAUGUAUUAUGAGUGUGAGAUAGUUAAGAAAAUCAUAUGACGUUUUGUAGCACCGGAAAAAAAAAAGACGAGUGGAUGGUUGUAAUACUACUUUUUGACAUAUAUAAAAGCAGUAGAGAAAUUAAUGAAUGUUUCGAGUGAGUCACUCAUUACGGGUGAUGGAGAUGAAUUCGUCAAAUCAUAAACGUAAUAUUCCAUGCACUUUU